UCGGGAUUUGCACGUCAUCACUCCAGAUCCUGGAUUCUAUCAACGGGCGGUACUUACAAAAGGAACGGCAUCUCAUAUCCUACUCUCGAAUUAUUUGUAGUCUUUAAACCCUCACGAUGAAGCAAAAUGUGAUCAUCGUUGGCUCUGGUUGGGCUGGUUCGACCCUGUCAACCUCUCUGGACGAAUCUAAAUAUUCCAUCACUAUCAUUUCACCAGAAACAACAACUCCCUACACACCUCUUCUCGCCAGCGCAGCAUGCGGUCUCUACGAUUUCAACAUAGUCGAGACACCUAUCAGACAUACAAGCAAGAAUAUAAAAUUUAUCAAGGCACGCGUAGAAGGCAUCGAUUCUAGGGCGAAGACCGUGAAAUGCGUACCAACAUUUUCCGAUCUUGCAAUCCAAACAUUCAGCUUGGACUAUGAUAUUCUAGCACUCGCUCCUGGAUGUACGAAUAACACUUUCGGCACUCCCGGUGUUGCCGAAAAUGCGCAUUUCAUCCGAAAUGUGAAGGAUGCUCAAGUCGUGGCUGGCCUCGUCCAAGAUGCUUUUGAAAAGGCCUCCAUCCCUGGGCUGACUGUGUCCCAGCAACGUUCUCUCUUGCACUUUGUGAUUGUCGGUGCAGGCCCAACUGGUGUCGAAGUCUCAUCCGAGCUUCAUGAUCUCUUCCACGGAGGUUACGCAAAGCUGUACCCUCAUCUCAAGGAUAAAGUCUCUAUUUCCGUGCAUGAUGUAGCCGAUAAGGUUCUCUCUGGGUUCGAUUGUGAACUUCAAGACUAUGCGAUGAAGAGUUUCAAUAAGAGAGGAGUCGAGGUGCUGACUGGGAGUCAUAUCGAGAAAAUCGAGAAGGGGGCGCUCAUCACGAAAGAGAAGGGCAGGAUCGAGGCGGGGUUGAUAAUUUGGGCAACUGGAAACAAGUCAACACCUCUGGUAGACUCACUCCCAGUCAAGAAAACGCCGAGAAAUCCAAGAAUAUUGACAGAUGACUUCUUGCGAGUGUAUUCUGAGUCCUCAGAUCUGUUGGAUGGAGUGUAUGCUCUAGGCGAUGCAGCAGACGUGGAAGAUGCGAGACUUCCAACUACGGCUGAAGUUGCUUGCCAGAAGGCGAACUAUCUUGCUGAGGCGCUGAAUAAGGGAUUCAAUCGAAAGUUUGAGUAUCAACAGGCGGCGAUCGUGGCAUAUCUGGGUCAGAAUGACGGAGUUAUCAGUGGGAAGAGCGACUACUCAGGGGCUCAGGCUUGGUUGGCAUGGAGAAGCAAGAACUUUCUUUGGACACGAACUUGGAGACAAAAGGUCUUGAUUGUUGUUGGCUGGUUCUUGGACUUGGUUACUGGCCGGGCAAUUGCACCUCGGUAAUAAAAACUGUUGCUUGAGCUGGCUCUAGCUUAUGACUCUCUUUUACUUUGGCAAAGGACUUGUAUGGUGUUCAUAGUUUCGGUAUCUAUUCCUAUUGCUUCUUUGUCGUCCAAGGCUAUAAAUACAAAACUUGCAGUGAGUCUUGUCAACGGAUUGAUAUAUGGAAAGUGACAUUGAUUGCGAGGGAGCCUCUGCUUGACUGAUGUAUCUUCCUUGAUGGCUUCAAGUGCUGAGCGAGGAUAAAUAGGGGGGCGGGGUAAACAUGUCACUACAAGUGGACCUGUCAUCCGUCGUCCCGAAGAAGUGGGA